AAGUGUGCGAAGCAACAUUUGAAAUGCCUGGGAACGACGUUAUGCAAAUAAGGAACCGAUCGAGGAGUUCAAAUUUUGCCCGCUUGGUGAAAAACAAAACAACGAGUCGUCUGUAGUGUCGAUAGAUGGCGUUUAUCAACUAUUUUUCAAUUCGCAGUGGUUAUAGAAAGCCAUUUUAAGUUUCAGGCUGUUACAAAAUUAUCCGCGCAGACUGCAUCACCAAACAGUAGCAGAAAUGGCAGCGUUGUCAGUGGGUGAUGAUGAUGAUGACAUGAUGAGUGGAUUCGGGCCCCUCAGUAGUGUUCCCAGCUCUCCUGCUGCUCCGCAUCACUUCAGCAGCCCUGCACAACAACAACAACAACAACAUGGGAGAAAACAACAGCAACAUGCAGCUGACAGCGGCCUGAGCCCAAUCACUACAGGCACCAGUGUGAGUCCCACUCUCACUCUUACAGCAGUGUCCACAGCGACCAGUCAGUCGACGCGAUACCCACAUGUCGACUCCUUCCUGUCUUCACUGGAAACCCCCACCACCUUCAUCAGGGAGAUGGAAGGGGUGAGGAACAGUCUGCAGAACAUGCUCAAGUUGGGCCAGGCUAUGGCAGUUGUGUCCACAGACAGAGACAGUUUUGAGCGAGUGGAAGGUCUCGGCCUGCUGACAGCUGACCGACAUAACAGGAAGGAGGCAGACGAGUCUUUCGACAGCAACACAACCGCACAACUCUUAACUGCUAAACCAGUCCUGGUAUCACAGGAUGUGUCCCCUGUGUCUGUGGACAGUGGUUUGCAUACCGCACGGGGCCAGUGGUCAAGCAGAGUGGAUGGGGAACUGGCGUCCGAGCGGCGCAACAGCCGCUCUGAGUCUUUGUACGUAGAGAACCAGAUUCUACGGGACAGUGUGGAAAGGGAACGUUUCAGACGCAAGCAUUGUGAGCAGCAAAUCCAGGAACUCCAGAGUAAGAUUCUGGAACUGCAACAACAAUUAGCAGUAGCUGUCUCCACAGACAAGAAGAAGGAUGUCAUGAUUGAACAACUUGAUAAGACCCUUGCUAAAGUUGUGGACGGCUGGAAGAAACAGGACACUGAGAAAACUGAGCUGAUCAGAAAGCUGAAAGAGGAGAAGUAUGCCAUAGAGAAGGGUCAUUCCAGACAACAGGAGGUGUUGAUGAACUUUGAGAAGGAUCUUGCCCAAGCCGUGGAACAGCUAGCCAUAGAGCAGCAGAGAGCCAGCAUGGCUGAACAGGAGAAAGUGGCUCAGUUUCAAAAGCAGCAGGAGGAGAAAGCCAAGACACUGGAUCUUCUACAAGGAGAGCGGGAGAAAGCCAUACGGGUGGAGUCUGAGAGGGACCAGCUAUUACAGCAGGCAGAGGCUCUACAGAGGGAAGUGGACAACUUCAACCAGACGCUGGAAACAGAAAGGAGUACCUUUAGAGCUCAAGAGGAAGAACUGCAGAAACAACUAGAGCUGCUGACAGAAAAACACCAAGAAGUAGUCGAUCAGGAAAAGGCUGCAGUCCAUGCUGAGUCCCAGAAGGCCCAGGAGCACCAGAAGGCUCUGUCCUCAGCACACAACGAAAUCGGUCAGCUGAAGAUGGAACUGAGUGCAGCCAACAGAGACAAGGAGAACCUGAAGAUGGAGCUGAGUCUCCAGGAGGCCAGGUUUGAGGCCAGUCAGAGUAAGCUGGAGUCAGAGUACCAGGCUGAACAGGAGAGAAAGAUGAGCCAGCAGCUAGCGGAGGCACAUGAACAGCUGACCCAGACGGAGGAGAGGCUGAGAGAGCAGCACAGACGACAGAUCCAGGAGGUGGCAGACAGGCACAGACAGGACCUGGACACACACAUGAAACAGUUUCAUCAGGAGCUGGAGCAGAAGGACACCAAGCUGAGGGAAACAUGCCAGGAAUAUGAUGACAGGAUUUUAGAAGCCAGAGAGAAGAUAUCUUCUUUGACUCAUGAAAAUGAGAAACUGGAAAGCCAGAAAAACGCCAUGAAGACAAGACUGCAGUCUCUUAUCCAGUCCCACGUAAAGGAGGCCAUGUUACUGUUGUCUGAUGUCACAUCAGAUGCUCUGUCCAGCUCUGCAGAGCCGGCUGUCAGCAGCUCAUUUCGUCUUGGUGCACAGAGUGGUGGGAAUAAUACAACAACAACCAGACCAGGGCUGGGUGUCGGCCUAGGACCCUCCAUGUUCUCAGUCAGUGGUCGUUCUGGGAACCUUGCACAAGAGGAAAAUCAGAAGUUCAGCUUUUCAACCCUCUUCAAAUCCGUUGAUGCUGAAAGAUUAGUUGUUCAGAGGCAGGAGAAAACAGAGACAUUUGCCACACAGACUACUGACAGUGUACCACAAGGGGAGAGACAAGCCAAAACAGAAGUACACAGAGAUAUCACAGGACCAUGGGAGUGGCAGGCCAAAGCAGAGGUGCACACCACUGCCCCAGGGGACAGGCAGCCCCCCACAGCAGAGGCACACAGACACACCACUAUCCCAGGGGAGAAACAGCCUAGUGACAUGACUAUAUACACCCAGACACAGACAGCGCCUGACACACAUGUCACUUGGAGCCCAGAGUCAGUGAUUGUGGGUGAGACUGUCGGGUACACCGAGCAGGACAUUGAUGACGGGGCCAGUGUUCUGUCAACAGAACCAACAAGACGGAUGGUAGACAGUCAGUAUGAACCACUCCUGGAGAAGUUCAGUCACCACGAGACCAAGCAGUCGGAACUGCAGCACUAUGUAGAGCUGCUGCUGCAACAAUCCCCAGCAGGAUAUGUUGAUGUGUUUCCCAGUCAAGACAGACCAGUACAGGAACACAGACAUCACACAGAAGUGCAGACAGGACCUCCCAGUUUGGCCUUCCUGCCACCAGAGACUGUAGAUUCCCCUCCUACGUCCGCCAGGACUACUCAGGUUGAUGUCCAGGCAGUUGUUCCCAGUUCCCUUCAGUUCACCAACCGGUACAUUCCUCAGCAGCCUGCACCAGGCCCUGCAGCCGGUCUACUCACCAGUGUACCAGACAAAGAUAGCCUGGACCCCCAGCCACCACAGCAGGCACCCUCACUCAACACUCGCCCAGCUCUCAGUGCUGAAUGGCUGACACAGCUCAGGACACAACAGCCUGACAGCCAGCCUACACAGAGAGAUACACAAGCAGAGAUUGGAACACAUUUAAACACCAGCAGUCAGAAUAUUCCUUCUAGAAACAUCCCUGUCCCUGUUAUGAAAAGCAGGCUCCCACCAACACAGGUUGGUGCCGGGGUCUCUCACAGCUACCCUCCUAUGAUGGCCAGCAGUCCACGAGUCCUGCCAGUGUCCAACAGCCACAGAGGAACACCCAGUAAGGAUAGACACGUAGGUCCAGGUGUGGUGACAAGGGUUCUCCCUACAGAGAGAGCGGCAGGACAACAAGCUCCUGUCAUUCAGAGAACCAAGGUUUCUGUGGGGGUGUCACAGCAGGCAGGGGGACAGAACCAACAUGGUUCAUCAGAAGCUGUUCCCCAACAACAGCCGGUGUGGCCCACUGACCCUGCAGUGGUACAGGAGCUGCUGAACAUAUAUGCCAACAGGGCUGGUCAGGGAUAUCUGGCCUCUAACAUGAGUGGACAUCAUGCUAGUUUUGCUGCUCCGUCACAAACCUCUGACCUGUCCUCAUCCAGAGGCCCUGCCAGGGUGAAGCGCAGUCUGAGUGCAAGUUUUUCUCAAGGGGAGUCCAAUCAGCUUGAAAGUGAAAGCAAGAACAUCAAACCACAAUCUGCCAGCAAAGCACAAGUACCUCCCAGAAGUGCCAAGAUGGGGAAGACCCAGGUAGUGAAGCCCACUCAGACAAAAAAACCAGAAAGGAAGGUGGCAGCUGGACAUAAAGGGGACAAGAAGUCUGGUUCAGCUUGGAGAUGAAGCUGCUGGAAAUAUAUGUAUAUCAACUUGAGGAUGCUUCUGUAUCAAUUGUCUGGGUUUUUAAGAUUGAUAUUUGGAAAGUACAUGUGAUGCACUCUCGUACACAAUUUCACAAAUCCUCACCUACAGCCUAUACAGUAGUGCCUAUCUUUUCACCAGCUAAUCAGAGAAUCGACUUUACUUAAAGAAUAUAUUUAGACAAUUCUCUGGAAAUCUUAGUCCGGUUUAGCAGAGCCUACCUUAGGUAUACUGUUUAGGCUAAGGCAAGGCUCUGCAUGAGAGAAUGUGAUGGAGGGAAACCUUUUGAUAAAGUUUCGGUCAAAAUAUUCCUGAAGAAAAUGAUGAAUAAGUAAAUUUGUAGUAUUUGUUCCUUUUUUUAAUUCUAGGAAGUAAGUGUGUUUUUGAAGCCUUGAGACUGUGUGAGCUGUAUAUAUCACUUUUACAUCCUUACUUGUAUAUGUUGUUAACAACUUCUCAUGGCUUUGUUUAGUUAAGAUAAAAUGUAGAAAAUGUUAAAGAUUAUUUUGUUAUGAGGGAAGAAGUAAGAUAAACAAAAGAGUGACAUGUACUUGUGUAAGAAUGGUCUUAUUGGCAGUCAUGCCCUGACAAGUGGAACAGAUUAU